AUGGAUAGCAAAGAGAACUAUUUUAACAUCAAAUAAAUGACAGAAUCUUUUAAGAAUGUUAAAAAAUAUUCAUAACAUUCCAACACUAUUUUAGAUUUGUUUAUUGAUAUCACUUUAAAAUUAGACAAAUCCUCUAAAGAUUAUUUAUCAAAAGUCAUUCCUAUUGAUGAUGAUAAAUAAACACUUAGCUAAGUUGAUAGUAUUAUCAUCAUUAAUUAUUUCAAAUAAAUUGUCAUCUAUCUUAUUAAAACUAAAGUAGAAUUAGAAGAAAAAACAUAAUAACAAGAAUCUCAAUCUCAAUAUGAAUCUUUGAUUCAAAAACUUGAAGCUGAUAUCCGUUAACAUAUUAGAAUUGAAUAAUAACUUAGAAUCUAUACAGAAACACUUUAAUAAAAGAUUGAUGAUUUCUUACUUGAAAAAGAAUAAUAAACUUAAUUGAUUAAAGAAUAUGAAUAAUAAAUCAAAUCAAAAAAUAAAGAUAUUGUUAUCUAUUAAAGUGAACUACGUAAAUUAAUCAAUUAAAACUAAUCAAAAUAAACUAAACUUAUUACAGAACCUAUCCUUGAAGAGUAUGAUACCACUUGUUAAGUUAACAAAUUAAAUUUAACUAAUUAUACUCAUCAUCGUAGACCUAGUCAAAUUAAUGAUGAUAAAUCUGCAGCUAAUAGUAAGUAUUAUUAAUAAAAGAAUCUCAACUCAAUAGUUACAAAAAUUCACCAGAAAGAAUCCCAAUUCGAAAAAUAUCUGUUACUAAUUAUGCUGAGACCAAAAACAUUAAAUAACCUGUCUUUAUUCGAUAACCAUGGUAAAAUAGAAGAUUCUUAUCAUUUAGCCCUAUGUCAUAUUCACAUCUAAAAACUGAAGCAUAACUAAGUUAUAGAAGUAACAGUUAAGAUAGUAAAUAAGUUUUAAAAAGUUAAAUAAAAUGA